GAAAGUGUAACCCUAAUAUAUUUCAUUUGCGGCGUGAAGAGGUAAGAGAAGAGCAAGCAAGCAGCAUCUCAGAGAGAGAUGACUUACAGGUUUCAUCAGUAUCAGGUUGUUGGGAGGGCUCUCCCAUCCGAAACUGAUGAACAUCCCAAGAUCUACCGGAUGAAACUUUGGGCUACCAAUGAAGUUCGCGCCAAGUCUAAGUUCUGGUACUUUUUGAGGAAAUUGAAGAAGAUUAAGAAAAGCAAUGGUCAACUUCUUGCCAUCAACGAGAUAUUUGAGAAGAACCCCACCAAGAUCAAGAACUAUGGUAUUUGGCUCCGAUAUCAGAGUCGAACUGGUUACCAUAACAUGUACAAGGAAUACAGAGACACAACCUUGAAUGGAAGUGUUGAGCAGAUGUAUACUGAGAUGGCAUCCCGUCAUAGGGUUCGUCACCAUUGCAUUCAGAUCAUCAAGACUGCAACCAUUCCUGCUAAGCUAUGCAAAAGGGAGAGCACCAAGCAGUUCCAUAACUCUUCGAUCAAGUUUCCAUUGGUCUCUAAGAAGGUUAGACCACCAAGCAGGAAGUUGAAGACCACUUACAAGGCUUCUAGGCCUAAUCUGUUUAUGUAGUAAGCUUUUCUUCUAUUUUGGUUGUAGCUGGAACUAGCUUUUUAUUACAUGUUUCAUUGGAAUUAUCAUAUCCUUGUUUUGUUCUCUUUUCCCAGACUGUUAGCUUUUUUCAAUGCUUAUUUGGAUAAUUUUGAUUCGAACUAUUGGUGUUUUUAUCAUGAUUUAUAUUUCUUUUGAGACUUUGUUUCAUUGCU